CUCGGGGUCGCUCGCUCCCCGGUAGCAGCAGGGGGCGCCUGGGCUGCUCCACGCCCCGGGCGAGUCUGGGCAGCGCGCAGCUCGGCGGGUCUCUUAGCGACCCGAGCGGCGGGGAACACACACCACCGGAGGCCGCGUGGGCGGCCGAGGCAGCAUGGCUGACCACAGGCGGCUGUUCCCGCCGGCGCCGCGGGCCGGGAUGCGGGUGGGCAGGAACUGCAGGCCCAGGUACAGAGAGAAUCUGCCCUCCAAGUGCUUCAUGGAGCACAAGGGCAGGCUGCCAGGUCCCACCUCCCUGGACAGCCGGCGGUGGAGAUUCGUGAGAACGGGACAGGAUGACUUCAGGAGAGGCUGCCCGCCUUGUGAAGCUCUGACCGCGCUGGGCCCCAGGAAGGGCUUUCUCCCCCAGAUUUAUCACAGAGCUCCCCAACCUUCUCCUAAGAAGAAGCACACAGCCCUGUGUUCCAAGCUCUCGCUGGCCCAGCAGGCACAGAAGGCAUUCCUGGCAGACAUUGAGGCCCAGCUGACCCUGCACCCCUUGGCUCUUUAUCCAGACCUGGAAGAAGACAUGCCCGCCGAGCUCUUAUUAAAGGUGCUGGAAGUUCUGGAUCCUGACAAGAAGCUGGAAGACACAUGGGCUUAUUGUCAGGGCAUCAGGAAAAGAAUGAAAAAACCCACAAAACUUUUAAAAAAACGUUCAACCCAAGUCUACUUGGGACUUCCCAGGAAGACCCCUGUGUCACAUCCAUGCCAAUGGCUUUAUGAAAAAAGGAAGCCAAGUGAAACAGGUUCGCUCCAAAAGGAUGGUCUGCUUCUUCACAAAAACGUUCGCCAAGCAGUUAGCGACUUCUGCAACUGGGCUACUGCCUUUGGGAGCCUGAACAUUGAUGAGGAGUUUAUCCUGAGACAGUUUGACAUUAACUAUCAGAGCAAACCACGCUAUAAUGUGCUCCACACAAUGAGACCCAGCCAGGUUCCUCUGCAGCUAAAGAAAAUGAGUGGGCUAAAUAAACUGCAGGAACCACAGUUGUUCCAGAAGCUAAACUGUGAGCAGAGACUUCGGAAACCACAGAAACCUCAUAAACCAAAGUGGGUGAAGAUGAGAUAUGGAGCAUGGUAUCUGAACCCCAAGUUGUGGAAAAAGCAAAGAGCUGAUGAGCCUUUGGUUGACCCCAAGGUCUUACGUAAAGCUCAAGAUGAGAAUUUUAAAAAGGAGCUACAGAAGCAGGAGGAGUUACUUGCAGACCUUCAGGGAGCUGUUGCCUUUAAGGAUUUUAUCCUGAGCAGGGGCUACAGGAUGCCAAGUUUCCUUGAGAAGAUAUAUAUGAAGAAAGAAUAUAAAUGUGAGGGUAACCAGAGUCCUAUAAAAUAACUCAAGCAUAGACAGAUCUUGGGAUGAUGAUUAGACAGUUUUCAUUUACUUAGCUAUUUCUCUCUUGUUAAACAUUAAACAAAAUUUAUGAUGAAUGUCCCCCCACAAAUGUACAACUUUGACUUGGCAACAUACAUAAAAUUUAUAACUAAUACUUGUAAACAUUUCAGAAUGGUCUUCUGCUUCAGUUAAUCAAUAUUUUAUAUAUCUUAUCAACUAUGAGAUAAGUAUUCAUAUUUGAUGUUCUAACACUUUUGUAGUAAUGUCAAUAUUACAUAGUAAUGUCAACUAUUUGUAAAAAUAAAUAAAA